GUACCUUCCACACAUUUAGCCCCUACCGCCCACGGCCACCAUCUGCUGCUCCCGAAGCAGAGGCUCAGACAACGGCGUCAAGCCUGGAGCUUUAACGAAAACAACGGGGUUUCCCGUUAAAAGCACCACGGUUCCCAAGCCAUUGGAUUAGCUGGGUGAAAUCUAUCACUAAAGCUAAGACCACCGUUGUUGCCGCCAGUCCAAAUAAAAGUCCCAUAAAUCAGGACAAAAUGGUGCAGAACAAAAUCACCGAAGUUACCGGAUUCCAUCGCUCUUUUAAGGGCCAAAAUCCCUUUGAAACGGAGGAAUUUUCCAAAACAGGAUCCCAUCUCCUUGAAUCUGCCUUUAAUUUUGAUUGUUCCGCCCGACCUGACAUGCCAUCCAGCCAGCCCAUCGACAUCCCCGAUUCCAAAAAGAGAAACAAGAAGAAAAAGAGAUGCCGGGCAACUGACAGUUUCUCAGGGCGAUUUGAGGAUGUAUAUAAACUGCAAGAUGAAGUGCUGGGGGAAGGAGCCUAUGCCAGGGUCCAGACCUGCAUCAGUCAAAUCACCCAAAAAGAAUAUGCUGUUAAGAUAAUUGAGAAGAGGCCAGGACACAGCAGAAGUCGUGUUUUUAGAGAGGUGGAAAUGCUGUACCAGUGCCAGGGCCACAGAAGUAUUCUGGAGCUAGUGGAGUUCUUUGAGGAGGAGGACAAGUUUUACCUUGUGUUUGAGAAGCUCAGAGGAGGCUCCAUCUUGGCCCACAUUCACAAGAGGAGAUACUUCGGCGAACAGGAAGCCAGCAUUGUGGUGCAGGACAUUGCGAGUGCACUGGACUUCCUUCACAAUAAAGGAAUGGCCCACAGAGACUUGAAGCCUGAAAACAUCUUGUGUGAACACGAGCACAGGAUUUCGCCUGUCAAGAUUUGUGAUUUUGAUUUGGGCAGUGGAAUUAAACUCAAUAGCGACAGUUCACCCAUCUCCACUCCUGAGCUCCUCACUCCAUGUGGAUCUGCUGAAUACAUGGCGCCGGAAGUUGUGGAAGCCUUCAACGAGGAGGCCACCAUUUACGAUAAGCGCUGUGACCUGUGGAGCCUGGGCGUCAUCCUCUACAUCAUGCUAAGCGGUUACCCUCCUUUUGUGGGUCGCUGUGGAAGUGACUGUGGAUGGGAGAAUGGAGAACCUUGUCAAGCUUGCCAGAACAUGUUGUUUGAAAGCAUCCAGGAGGGAAAGUAUGAGUUUCCAGAGAAAGAGUGGGCUCAUAUUUCCUCCAGCGCCAAAGACCUCAUUUCCAAACUGCUUGUACGGGACGCCAAGAAACGUCUCAGCGCUGCUCAGGUUCUCCAACAUCCCUGGGUACAAGGGGGUGCCUUUGAUUGUCUCCCCUCAUCCAACUUGCCUCAAAGGAAUAGCAGCACUAAGGAUCUGACCUUCUUUGCGGGCAAAGCUGUAGCCAUGAACCGGCAACUGGCCCAGCAAGACGACCUGGAAGAACAACAGCAGCAGGACUCUCCUCAGGUCAUUACAGCCAGUUCCACAUCCAUGCGCCUCUCCCCUCCCUCCAACUCCAAACUGGCCAAGCGCAGACAGAGGAGCAGCCUACUGAAAGGAGCGCCCGUGUCUGCCUCAGAGCUCAGGCAGCUCCUGGCACCGCUGGUCAUUGUGGGGGAUUGUGCAUGAUCAGCUGAGCUGGGCUCUGUCUGAACAGUUUUCCAAAUUCAAAUGGAUGAAUGAACAAGUAUCUGCUACCUUUUGUGCAAAUCCCUUUCUUCUGCCCACUUCAAUGGGACCCAGUCUUUUCCUAAAUGGUAGUUCAGUUUGUGCCUGUCGCAGAUCCCGUUAGUUUCCUUAAGCACUGGUGCAAGAGCUCCAGCAGCACUUUUAUCAACCCUCAACUGUUUGGGAAACACCUUAAGAGCUCAAGGCAAAUGAACUGGACUCUCUUUAGGAUAAUGUUUGGGUUACAUCAGACAUUAGAAAAUUUGUCUAAAGGUAAAGCAUUAAAUACCAGCUCAGACGCCAAAGGUCUAAUACCUUCCACCAUCCCUACCUAAACCUUUUUGUGCUGCUUCCACGUUACAACUGGAUCCACUGUGAAUUUUCUCUGUGAGAGAUGAUACAACUGCAUUUUGUUUUUCA